UGAGUGCAAUGUUCGAAGAACAGUGCACAAUAUGCUCACUUAAGUACCGACUGUUACACAGCGCGAGUACCUAGUCACACAGAUAUAUAUCAUGAGUCCGUGUGUGUCGACGACCGGUUAAUCGAAGCGACAGUUUUAAAUAUUAUAAAGUUCGUUUAAAUUUUUUUUUAACUGUUUUUGUUCGGCGUUAACUGCAGCAGCUAUUUUACUAUCAUAAUAACCGAUGACCUGCACGUAUAUCCGAUAAUAACUAAGUUUUUUGGGGAUCCGGUUCCUGAGCUGCAUCCAGAGUACUAUAGAUAUUUUACAUUUCAAGCUGAAUUAAUGUCAAUCACUUCUAUCACGUCGUACAACCAUAUUAUAAUUGAAAAUUACAAUUCGUUCGCGAUGUAAUUGUUUUCCUACGACUUUCACACAAUACUGAUGCAUCGAUGCGAAGUUUAUUAAGUUAAACUGUAUUAAUAAAUUUACCACCUGUUCUGCAGUUUUAUCAUGGAAAUGGCGACGAAUACAGAUAAUAAAACAAAUGUAGACGAAAACAACCAAGACUGUACCACCAUCUCUUUCGAAACUCACGGUAGUCAUCCGAAGACGUGCAUAGAAGGAUUUGAAAAAACCACGAAUUGGCGUUUCCCACGGUUGUUGAUCAGCAACAACAAACAAUUAGCGGUGAAAUGUCUGUGCCACGCUGUGGUCUUAGCUUAUAUAUUAGCUGCCAUACACCAUUGGUAUUUAAGCAACGUAAAAGACAUCGGUUGGAAAAACGGACUGGGCCUACUGAUCGUCUUGGCCACCUGUUAUUAUGGUGUGCUGCCAGUAAAAUGCAUGUUCACAUUGAUACCUGCCCGGAAACUCGUGAAAGUAUUGCCACUCGAGCAUUUCAAAAUCGGAGUGCUGUGCACUUUCUUGGGGUCGUUUGUUUUAUUCAUUUUCUUCGACACACAAAAUAACCGGCACAGGCUGGUGCCGUUGGCCGGACUUGGCGUGUUCGUUCUUGUCGGGUUCAUAUUUUCCAAGCACCGCGGUCACGUGAAUUGGACCACGGUCGCGUCCGGUCUAGCCACGCAGAUAACCAUAGGAAUGUUGACCAUCCGAUGGCAGGUCGGCCGGUCAAUAGUCCAGGCAGUCGGAGAGUUGGCCGAAAAGUUUUUCUCUUUUGCGUACGUUGGAGCUAAGGUGACGUACGGCAAUGAGCUAAUCGACAAUUAUGGUGUAUUCGCGUUUAAGGUGCUUUCGGUGUUAUUCUUUAUGUGUUUUGUUAUUGAAAUACUAUUUUACUAUGGGAUCAUACAGACAAUAGUCAUAAAAUUAGGAUGGUGCUUGCAAAAAUUACUGGGAACGACAGCAGCCGAAUCAGUCAACACCUGUGCCAGCGUGUUCUUAGGCAUGUCGGAAGCGCCUAUUAUCAUUAAACCGUAUUUACCUGAUCUAACAGAAUCAGAAAUCCAUGCCGUUAUGAUGGGAGGAUUUUCAACAGUAGCAGGAACUGUUUUCGCGGCGUACACGUCGUUUGGCAUUGAUCCGGCCUACCUAAUUACCGCAUCGGUCAUGUCAGCUCCAACUGCGCUAAGUUUCUCCAAACUGAUUUUUCCAGAAACUGAAAAAUCAAUGAACAGCGUGGAUCAGAUAUGUACUAAAAAGACUAACGACGAGGGUAACGUAAUGGACGCGGCUUGUAAAGGGGCCCAGUUUGGAUUGAAAAUAAUUGGAGCGAUUGUCGCCAACAUAGUGGCGUUCGUGUCGUUCGUGGCGUUCAUCAACGCGAUAAUAUCGUGGUUGGGAAAUUUGGUCGGGCUAGAAGACCUAUCAUUCGAGUACGUACUGGGCAAAAUGCUGAUACCCGUUACUUGGCUGUUGGGAGUCGAUCCUAGCGAGUGCGAAGCGGUUGGCAAAUUGAUCGGCCUGAAAAUGACGAUCAACGAAUUUGUGGCGUACAAACAAAUGGGCGAUCUAAUCAAAGAAGGCAAGCUUAACCGCAAGUCGGAGAUCGUCGCCACUUUCGCCUUAUGCAGUUUCGCCAAUCCCGGAUCGAUUGGCUCGAUGAUUGCCACGCUGACGACUUUGUGCCCGACACAGCGAUCGGCAAUAACCAAAAAUGUCUUUAGGGCAUUUCUUGGCGGCACGGUCACUUGUUUUUUAACGGCAGCAAUUGCUAGUUUACUAAUGCCCGACGAAGGAUUAAAAGACUAAAAAUAAUUAUUUAUCAUUGUAAUUUUUGUACGUACAUUUUUUUUAUAUCAGUUCAUGUGAUGUUUUAUAUUAUAAUACCUACAUAAUAGUAUGCAUAUAUUUAACUAACUCGUAUAUACUAUAUUUUAUUAUUGUUAUGAAAAUUGUAUCGACGUAAGUCUCAUUAUAUUUUGUUAAGCACGACUAUUUUAUAUUGUUAAAUACAUUAUUAUAGCAUAUAUUACUUUAUUGAUAAUAUUAUUUAAGUAUAAAUAUACGCAAUGUUAAUAACAA